AUGGCACUAUUCAUUACAACGACUUGUAGCUAUGUUAUAGAACCGGAUAACUUAAGAAAUAGACUUACUAAUCAACAAUUUGGAUUGAAUAGACCCUCGUAUUAUGAUCGUGUUUUUCGUUCAACAAAAUUUCCACGUAUUGGUCGUGCAACAUCUGAUAUGGAAGAUAUGUCUUCUAUUAUUGAUACAAAUACAAAUAUUAACGAUAAUGAAGAAAAUAAUAAUGAUACUGAAUUACGAUGGACUCAACAACGCAGUGUUUUUUUCCCACGUAUUGGUAAACGUGCAUAUCAUAAUUUAAUUCGAGCACAUAGUUUAUCAAAUCCACAUCAUAUAUUAGAUGCACAAGGUCGAUAUCAUACCAACAAUGGUUAUAAUUAUCAUAAUCAUCAAAAUCAACCAACAUCAAUAAUACAUUAUCAAGGCAAAUAA